AUGUCACAGACUAUGAACCCCAAGCCAUCGAUGUUCUCCCUUAUUUCAAAUAAUGGAACGCCGGGCGCAACUACAAUGAAGCAAGUGUCUGGGCAGGGGCGCUUCGGUACCUCAAAUAGACCUUGCUCAAAUUGCACUUGUUCUCCGGGUCUUUUGAGCCGUCAAGGGAGACGCUCAUCUGUUUACCUCAAGCGUAUCAACAUCAACCGCACUAAUAGUUUAAAGGCAAGCCAGAGUGGAGGCUCCUCUCCAGGUUUGUCUCCAAGAAGGCGCACGGGAGAUUCUCUUUAUACAAUCGACUCAAAGUGUUCUACCAAGGAAAUAAAUACCUCUUUGAGACUCGAGAAACUGAGGGUGGAGAUGAAACUGCACGACAUUGCCAUUUAUGUCAUUCCUUCGGCAGACGCCCAUCAAUCAGAGUACACUUCCCCACCUGACCAAAGAAGAGCUUUCAUCAGUGGGUUUGGAGGUUCUUCAGGUGUGGCGGUUGUUACUAGGGAUGUCACAUGCAUGAAUGAAACCCCAGAGGGGCUUUCUGCUUUAGCAACAGAUGGACGCUAUUUCAUUCAAGCUGCCAACGAACUAGAUUUCAACUGGCAACUGUUGAAACAAGGACUUCCAGGAGAGCCUAGUUGGGAGGAAUGGACAGUUGAACAUGCUGUCCAAAUGGCUCGUGAUUCAGGUGAGACAAUUAAAAUUGGCGUUGACCCUACACUGUUCACUUAUUCAGAAAUCAAGACUCUUGAAUCGUUAGUGUCGCAGAAAAACACAGAUAAGGUCAAGAUAGUUCCUGUGCGCGAAAACUUGAUCGAUAAAAUCUGGUCACUAUUUGAGGAAAUGCCGCUAAGACAAUUCAACGAGAUUGUUCCAUUGGGACUUGAAUACACCGGAGAGAGUACCCAGUCGAAGAUGGAAAGAUUGCAGUUGUAUUUCAACAAAUAUGGCUCUUCCACCCUAAUUUUAUCUGCACUGGACCAAAUUGCGUGGCUGCUGAACUUGAGAGGAAAGGACAUUGAUUUCAAUCCACUAUUCUACAGUUACCUGAUUAUUGAAAAGGACAAGCUCACGUUGUACUCGAACAGUUCGUCUGUCAGUUCUGACACGCUGAAAACUUAUUUGGAAUCUAUCAACUGUCAAAUCAAAAAUUACGAAGAUAUAUGGUCGGACAUCAGAAAGCUUGCCUCUGAGCUCAAUUCUCAAGGAGCCAAAAUUUUGCUUACCAAAGAGGCUUCCUGGAAAAUGGUGAACUGCAUUAUUGCUAAGAAUUUCCUAGAAAUUGACUCUCCAAUCGCUGAAAUGAAGGAAGUGAAGAACGAAGUCGAGCUCAAAAACCAAAAGAAUGCACAAAUGAAAGAUGGCAUGGCACUGAUCAAAUAUUUCGCUUGGCUAGAAGAUCAGCUCAUCAAUAAGGACGAAUUUGUGUCCGAAUAUGAGGGAGGAAUGAAGCUGCUUGAAUUUAGAUCUCAGUUGGACAAUUUCAAGGGACCAUCAUUUGAGACUAUUUCAUCUACAGGGUCCAACGCUGCCAUCAUUCACUAUACACCAAAAAGAGAAACCAGCACCAUAAUAAACCCAAACAAAAUAUAUCUAUGUGACUCGGGAGCCCAGUUUUUGGAUGGAACUACCGACACAACGCGUACUCUCCACUUCAAAAGCCCUUCUGAGGAGGAAAUCAAGAACUAUACUUUGGUUUUGAAAGGCCACAUAGCACUGGCCAAGUUGGUUUUCCCCCAAGGCUAUACUGGCUACCAGGUUGACAGCAUUGCAAGACAGUUUUUGUGGCAACACGGCUUGGAUUAUGAACACGGAACAGGCCAUGGAGUUGAUUCUUAUGGACCUGUGCAUUCGAUGGGCGUUGGCAUUGGCUACAGGCCACAAUAUAACUCCACACCUUUGACUCCUGGUCACCUUAUAUCCAAUGAACCUGGCUACUACAAACCUGGAGAGUACGGUAUUCGCAUCGAGAACAUGUUCUUUGUUAAGAAGAGCAACAAAACAUCUCUUGACGGUAAACAAUUUUUGGAGUUUGAAACGGUGACUACCGUUCCGUACUGCCGGAGACUAAUUGACGUCAAAAUGCUUUCGCCAGAGGAAAAGCAGUACAUUAACAAUUAUCAUCAGAAGAUCUGGCAACUUUACGAAUCCAGACUACCGAAGAAGAGCCUCGAGUACAACUGGCUUAAAAAAGAAUGUAAGCCACUUUGA